CACUUAGUAAGCGGACGUGACCUGCAUGUACAAUUGCUAAGCACUUGACUCGAAGUCCGCAGUUGUUCUGGAUGGAUUCUCUAUGAUGAUGGAUGAUGUCUCACACUGCACACGGCACUCCUAAGGAACAUAAUAAUCAAACGAGUUAGGGAGAGCCCACACAAUUCGGAUUGUAUCGCUCUACACGAUGCGUGAAACAUAGACAUGUAAAGAGGUUCAUACACAGGGCAACCAAUCGCAAUAGAAAUUGCAAGAUUGACAGAUUGUCCAGAAGAUGUCCAGAAACCUAUGGUCUAACCCGUAUCCAUGCAAGUACACUCACGUAAGUCUCGAGAUUCUUGCUAUGCCGUUGAAUUAUUGUCCAUUAACCCAUUCCAAAUAUCACGCGUGAAAGCUAAUUGCAAAAAGCGUCAAGCCGAAACCAAAGAUGUAAUAAUAUGUCAGUAGUUACCCGGCAUAUACCUAUUCGAUGAGACGGGAUAUGAGGAGGGCUGGUUGAUGCUCACCAAGAUCAUCAUAAGCCCUCCUUUUCAGUAACGAUUGUAUUAUCAGUGAUUACAUAUCUUAAUAAUACUUAAACAUAAAAACAUAGUAACAUAUUAAAUCAAUGUAUAAAGCGAGGAUUAAACAUCAGCUGUCGUUGAUGUUGAAGAAGUUACUGAAUCGGAAAGCAGAAUAUACAAAGCCAUUACUUUAGACGUAAUAAAAUAAAAACAAAUGAGUUGUGACUAGACUCGUCAAACGUACUAUUUGUAUUCUCAUUGUCUCAAAAGUCAAAAGGAAACUAGAACCCAGAGCUGUAAAAUCCUUAAUCGGUAUGUCAAAACUCAGAGGUAUUUAAAAAAAUAACAAACUGGGCAGGAUUGUGGUUUCUGUCAUUAAAAAAAGAAAAUAAUUGAAAUAAACACCUAAUAAUGGCUAACUUUAAAGAAGAAUUAGCAGUAUUGGCCUACCAGAACUAUUUGAAAAAAGACUUUACGUCGGCAUUGCAGAAUCUAAGUGACUUGGAGGGUAUUGUAGCCAACAAUAACACGUUACUAAAAAGGGUACAACACAACAAGGCUGUAGUAGAAUUUGCGGCCAGUGAUCUCAAAAAUAUCGACAAAUUUAAAAUGGCCAUCGGUCAUAUAGCAAAUCUCACCUUUACAGACAUCGAUAUCAAAGAUUUGAGUGUGCCGUGCAUGUUAUACAAUUAUGCAGUGUUAUUGUACCAUUCCAGGUAUUACUAUCAAUGUGUAGUUAUUUUAGAAAAACUAUUAACGAGUAAGAAUAUAAAGGAUGUAAAACUGCAUAAUCAAAUUGUAUUGCUGCUGCUUGAAGCUACAUUAUGUAGGCGUACAUAUGAAAAGACUCUAGAAAUUGCAAAAACUUAUGGUGACUCAUUGAAAUCUAACAACGAUGUUAGUUCCUUGUAUGAAAGACUUGUUUCAAGGGCUCAACUUUAUCUGGGAUACAAGAUUAAGUUAAAACCGGACUCUAUUGAAAAUGUAUUUAUUGUAGCCCAACAGAAGUACCUUAAUGGAGAUAUUAUAGAUGCAGCUAACACCCUUGGCCAAUAUAGGACAAUAAAGUAUAAUUAUGAUCUUAAAACUCAAGGUGAAGACAUAUGGGCGGCUAUAAAUAAUAAUCUUGGUGUUAUAUAUCUAUCAAUCAAAAAGCCAUACUUGGCCUCCAAAUAUUUUCAGCAUGCUGUAAAGGAACAUUUUAAAGCUAUGGACAAUGAUGAUAGUGAUAUUUUAAUAGUGUGUAAAGAUAGACCACUUUAUGUGUUUAAUUUAGGACUGGCACUACUUGCUGCAAGUAAUUCUGAAGGAGCAUUUGAGUGUUUGGUAGAAGCUGCUCGGCAUUAUCCAAACAAUCCUAGAAUUUGGUUAAGGCUUGCUGAAUGCUGUGUAAAAAAAUGUUGCAGUGAUGAAGCUCAACCUUUCACUGUAAAAAAAUUAGGCAGUGGACCACAUACAAAAAUUUUACUAACAAAAGAGAAUAAAGAAAAAUAUCCUGUAUGUGGAGAUUCAUUUGCCAUACCCUCACUAUCUUUAGAGUUUGCAGCACUUUGUUUGAAGAAUGCAAUUUCAUUGCUCCCUGAUCAAGAAACGUCAGGAAGUUCAUCUGCAGGUUUCAUCCAAGCUCCACCUGGGCCACCUAUUAAUUGGAAACAGAGAUGUGAUUUGAAGAAUUCAAUCCUUGUUCUUCAAAGUUAUAUUUUCCUGCAAUUACAAGAUCCCUUAUCAGCUCUCAUGAGUGCUAAUGAGCUGUUGACCCAAUCAGAUGCAACAAAUGGUCAAAAAGCAUGGGCCCAUAUUUAUGCAGCAGAAGCGUUAAUUAAUCUUGAUAAAACGAAUGAUGCUGCUGACCAUUUGCAUCCUCCUAUGAUUCAUGACUUGGUCUCUGAUGCCCCUAGUCAUAUACGAGAUAUGGUAGCUAUUUCUGUUUGGGCAAAGGCAGCUGUAUGCCAAAUUUUGAGGGGAGAUUUACUAACAGCGAGAAAGAUUUUACUGCAAAUCAAUUCACCACAAGUUUUACCUCUCCAAAUGUACUUAGAAAUUUGUACAGGGAAUAUUGAUAAUUGCCAUACAAUUUUACGCAAAAUACGUACAUCAAAUAGUUCAAAUUUCUAAGGAAGAAAUUGUAUGAAAUGUUAAUUUAUCCUGUUUAAUGCUAGUCAUUAAUAUAAAAACAAUUUUCCAAGUUUUCAAUAUAUUUAGCAAAACUUAAUUUUAUAGUAUGAUCAUGAUGUUGUAAAUAUUCAGCCAGA